GCGGCGGCGCGGAGGCGCGGGGCGCGGGCGCGGGCGCGGGCGCGGGCGCCUACGGUUGGCGCGCGGUAGCGAUGCCGGGGGCUGGAGGCCGGGCGGAGGAGGGCGGCGGCGGCGAGGGCGCGGCGCAGGGGGCGGCCGCGGAGCCCGGGGCGGGUCCCUCGCGGGAGCCAGCGCGGCUGUGCGGCUAUCUGCAGAAGCUGUCGGGCAAGGGCCCGCUGCGCAGCUACCGCAGCCGCUGGUUCGUGUUCGACGCGCGCCGCUGCUACCUCUACUAUUUCAAGAGUCCGCAAGACGCGCUGCCCCUCGGCCACUUGGACAUCGCGGACGCCUGCUUCAGCUACCAGGGCCCCGACGAGGCGGUGGAGCCGGGCGCGGAGCCGCCCGCGCACUUCCAGGUGCACAGCGCGGGAGCCGUCACAGUGCUCAAGGCUCCCAAUCGUCAACUCAUGACUUACUGGUUACAGGAGCUUCAGCAGAAGAGAUGGGAAUAUUGUAACAGUCUGGACAUGGUCAAGUGGGACAGCAGGACCUCUCCAACUCCUGGGGAUUUUCCUAAGGGUCUUGUAGCCAGAGAUAACACCGAUUUAAUUUACCCACACCCAAAUGCUUCUGCAGAAAAAGCCAGAAAUGUCCUAGCUGUGGAGACUGUGCCUGGAGAGCUGGUGGGAGAACAAGCUGCAAAUCAGCCUGCCCCAGGGCAUCCAAAUUCUAUUAAUUUUUACUCUUUGAAACAGUGGGGCAAUGAGCUCAAGAAUUCGAUGUCUUCUUUCCGUCCUGGAAGAGGACAUAAUGAUAGUCGGAGGACUGUGUUUUAUACCAAUGAAGAGUGGGAACUUUUAGACCCAACCCCUAAGGACCUAGAGGAGUCCAUAGUACAGGAAGAAAAGAAGAAGCUGACCCCUGAAGGAAACAAAGGAGUAACUGGCUCAGGAUUCCCCUUUGAUUUUGGACGUAACCCCUACAAAGGAAAGCGCCCUUUGAAAGACAUAAUUGGGUCGUACAAAAAUCGUCACAGCAGUGGUGAUCCUUCAGGUGAAGGCACAUCAGGCAGUGGCAGCGUCAGCAUCAGGAAGCCGGUCUCCGAAAUGCAACUGCAGGUCCAGAGCCAGCAGGAAGAGCUGGAACAGUUAAAGAAAGACCUAUCCAGUCAGAAGGAGCUUGUUCGACUGCUCCAGCAGACAGUCCGGUCAUCCCAGUAUGACAAGUAUUUCACAAGCAGCCGGCUCUGUGAGGGGGUCCCAAAGGACACGCUCGAGCUUCUGCACCAAAAGGAUGAUCAGAUUCUGGGCCUUACCAGCCAGCUGGAGAGGUUCAACUUGGAGAAGGAGAGUCUUCAGCAGGAAGUGAGGGCGCUGAAGAGCAAAGUGGGCGAGCUCAACGAGCAGCUGGGGAUGCUCAUGGAGACCAUCCAAGCCAAGGAUGAGGUCAUCAUCAAGCUCAGUGAGGGCGAGGGCAACGGGCCUCCUCCCACCGUGGCGCCCAUCUCCCCUUCGGCUGCGCCUGUUGCCAGGGACCAGCUGGAACUGGACAGGCUGAAAGAUAAUCUACAGGGGUACAAAACCCAAAACAAAUUUCUAAAUAAGGAGAUUUUGGAACUCUCGGCUCUACGAAGAAAUGCAGAAAGGAGAGAGAGGGAUCUGAUGGCAAAGUAUUCUAGCCUGGAAGCCAAGCUCUGCCAGAUAGAAAGUAAAUACCUGAUAUUGCUCCAAGAAAUGAAGACACCAGUGUGCUCAGAAGACCAGGGGCCCACCCGGGAGGUCAUAGCCCAGUUGCUGGAGGAUGCUCUGCAGGUUGAGAGCCAAGAGCAGCCAGAGCAAGCAUUUGUUAAACCUCAUCUUGUCAGUGAAUAUGAUAUUUAUGGGUUCAGGACUGUACCUGAGGAUGAUGAGGAAGAGAAGUUGGUUGCCAAGGUCCGCGCGUUGGAUCUGAAGACUCUCUACCUCACAGAAAACCAGGAAGUCUCCACUGGGGUCAAGUGGGAAAACUAUUUUGCAAGUACAGUGAACAGGGAGAUGAUGUGCUCUCCAGAGUUAAAAAACCUCAUCCGUGCGGGCAUUCCCCACGAGCACCGUUCCAAGGUGUGGAAGUGGUGUGUGGACCGUCACACCAGGAAGUUCAAGGACAACACUGAGCCUGGCCACUUCCAGACCUUGCUGCAGAAGGCGCUAGAGAAACAGAACCCGGCCUCCAAGCAGAUUGAGCUGGACUUGCUGCGAACUCUGCCCAACAACAAACAUUACUCCUGCCCCACCUCAGAAGGCAUACAGAAGUUACGCAAUGUCCUCCUCGCCUUCUCCUGGCGGAAUCCAGAUAUCGGCUACUGUCAAGGCCUAAACAGGUUGGUGGCAGUGGCCCUCCUGUACCUGGAACAAGAAGAUGCUUUCUGGUGUCUCGUUACCAUAGUGGAAGUUUUCAUGCCUCGAGACUAUUAUACAAAGACUCUCUUAGGAUCCCAGGUGGACCAGCGGGUGUUCAGAGACCUUAUGAGUGAGAAGCUGCCUCGGUUGCAUGGCCACUUUGAACAGUACAAAGUCGACUACACCCUCAUCACUUUCAACUGGUUUCUGGUGGUGUUUGUGGAUAGUGUCGUUAGUGACAUCCUCUUUAAAAUAUGGGACUCUUUCCUUUAUGAAGGACCAAAGGUUAUUUUCCGUUUUGCUCUGGCACUUUUUAAGUACAAGGAAGAGGAGAUUUUGAAAUUGCAAGAUUCAAUGUCUAUAUUUAAGUAUCUCCGCUACUUCACUCGCACUAUCCUUGAUGCCAGGAAGCUGAUCAGUAUCUCCUUUGGGGACCUGAACCCUUUCCCCCUACGCCAGAUCCGGAACCGACGCGCCUACCACUUGGAGAAGGUCCGGCUGGAGCUGACUGAGCUGGAGGCCAUCCGUGAGGACUUCCUGCGUGAGCGGGACACCAGCCCUGACAAGGGUGAGCUGGUCAGUGACGAGGAGGAGGAGGAUACCUGAGUGGGCUCCGGGACGCUGCUCUUCUUGCCUUCACAACCAAAGUGUGCCCAAAGGGCGAAAGCACGCUCAAAAGCCAGAAUGUAACGUGUGGCCUCUGGGGAUCUGCUGGGCAGAUGUCCCAAGCCAGGCUGCACUUCCUCAUUUCCCACUGUGCGGGGGCAGGGGUGGGAGGUCUAAUCUGUUUACAGCCAUUUCUGUGCCAUGCUUUCGGUUACACGUAUCUCAGUCACGCUUUCUGCCUGAUUGGUGGAUCCUCGGGCUGACCAGUGGCUAUUUGCAAGAGCCUGUUUCCAGCCUCCGUCAGCCUGUCGGUGUUCUGACCCUCUGAAACUUUGCUUUGCUGGGCAUCUCCCCAUGUUCUCUCUCCUGUACAUAGUGAGCAGUGCUGUGAAGGAUGCCCACUGUGCUUCAGGCACCUGUAGGCCAGAGGGUUGCUGCCUCAGGCAUAAGGUCGGUAUGAAAAGGGGCUGCCUUAGAAAAGCAGGCACAUCCCUUGUUCAGAAAUGGCUACUGUAGAAAGCCUGUGAACCUCCCACCAGUGGCUUUAGGCUGCCAGCCAUGCCCCAUUUCUAGAAUAGCCUUUGCUCUUCCACCCGCAACCCUUCCAUCAGUGGCUCCUGGCCUGCAUGGGGAGAGCCUGGCUGCCCAGACACCCACCCUCACUUCUCAUGGCCCGCCUGCGUUUACAGAUCACUGGGCUGCUCUGUCCCCAGCUUGCCCCUGCCUGGCAUGGCUCUGUGAGAUUCUGUGGAACGCCCUUCUUGACUUGUAGAAAUCAUUCACCAAGUACGAUGGACCGUCAUAUUGCAAAACAGGCCCACGCCUGGGCUGGCCUUGGUUGAGGGGAUGGAGGAAUGUUUUUUGGGGGGUGCUUUGCAGGGCAGUGGUGCAGCUGCAGCAUGAACGCUCUUGGACAGCUGAAAACCUUGGCCUCCUUGGGGAUGGCCAGUGCUCCUGGUGUCUCCUCCACCUGACCUGGGCUGUGCAGGAGGCCGGCUGCCAGUGCCCGGGGCUGGGAAACUUUUUUGCUUGGGGCCCAGGCUUGGGUGAGCUCUCCCAGAUGUGUGCCCACUCCACCACUGCCUGGAAGCAUCCUUGUUCUCUGCCAGGAUGCAGGGUCACUGUUGCCUCUGACACAGCAGUUUCUGGGAACUCAGAGGACUGCCUUUCUGAGGGCUAGGGAGAGGCUUUGAGCAAGGAGCUUAUUUUUGCUUAAUCCCUCUAGACCAUCCCUGAUGCAUAGAUGUGAGAGGAUGUUUUCUGGCACAGUGUCAUGAAAAUACAAGAGAAAUGGUCUCAGUGAAAUGUUUCAUAUCACCCGAAAAAAACUGGAAAUCCUUUGUUGAUACGAACACACUGAGAUUAAGAAUUGAAGCAAUGCAGUUUUAAGAAGUACUUUUUUCCAACUUUUUUUUGCUGUCAGUCAGCUUUCUAGCAAUGCCACGGUGAAGUUGGCGUUUGAGCACAUGCUAGACUGAGCUCCGGCUUCAUGUCUUUAGUGGAGUUGGUUUAUGUUUCACUGGGUAGAGGGAGCUGGCCUCUAUAUUUAGCCAGAAGCCUUUGCCUCUUUUCAGGCAUCAAAAAUGGGUUUUGUCUUUGUCGUUGUCUUUGAGAGCAGCAGUUUGAGGUCUGACUCCUUCAGUUGUCCUGUGAGCUGGGCGUUGCAGUCCGCUUGAAUCAAGUGUUGGAACCCCCCACCCCUCAGCCCAUCGUGAAACGACAGCUGUCAGCCAGGGGGGUGGCUGCUGAGGAGGUGCAGCAGGAAUGGGGCUGGGCCCGUGGGCCGGCCCCAGCUGCCCUCAGGUUUUACUUUCCAAGCCGAUGGCCCCUGGAACAUGCCAGCACACACUGCCAUGUCCUGGGGCUAAGAGCUGCCUUUAGGGACAGGCUCGUGUUGUCCAGUUUGCCCCGAGAGAUGCACCUGACCAGGGGCCCGUCGUGACUGCAACCCACAGUGGUAUGUUAGUGUUUCCAGGCAGUUGUCAGCAGCUGCUGGACAGUGUGUGUGCGACAGCAGGAGAGUUCCUGGAGGAAAGGGACUGGAGACGCUUUCUCAGAGGUUCUCCUGCCUGGAAUCAAGUGACGCGUGUCCAGAAGGCAAGAGAGGGCAGCUCCGCCUAGUUCCAGUUUGGGAACAGGAUGGAGCCAACUCCUCUUUCCAGGACUGUGGGCCUCACUCUUUCGCACUAACACUUUCCCUCCCUCACGUCACUGAGGAAAGAGCUGCUCUGUCUCCUCCAGUGACCUGGAGGUCCCUGGCCUCCACUGGCUGCCAUGGCAGGGGGCCCUUCUGGCAGGGGCUGCCUCACGCUGCUGUUCCUCCUCUGAACCUUCACCCCAACACCCAGCCCGUGGCCCCUGCAAGGGGGAACCUUGCCAGCUGGGAAACCCAGAGGCCUGUCCAAAUGCGCGCACCAGGACCGAGGGGAGCUCCCUCCCCUCACCUGCUGGGAAUUGCCAACUUUUAAAUGGAUGGGGUUUUUCAUGGGUUGAACCUCUGUUCAUACUUUUGUACACUUUCACUACAGUUUAUAUUUUUAUAGGCUAUUUUCUCAAGGUGUUUCUAGAUUCCACGUAUCUAUUUUAUAUAACAAGUUCUUAUAUGUGACUCCCUUGUGUGUAUCUGUGCCAGCCUCAGCCUCCAAGUUGCUCUUCCCUCUGGCCCUGACUCUCACUGACUCACCGAUGUGAUGUGCGGGCCCACUUCUUACCCCAGGUAGCCUCAGGCGCUGCCUGUAGUCAUGCUGACAGCUGUACAGUAGCCGCCAAGACGGCUGACGGCUGGAGACGGUUCUGGUUUCAACUACGGUAUGUCGAUAUCUGAAGUAUUCUAGACGGAUCCUCAGUUGGGUUUUCUAACUACAUGUUUGUAUUGCACAGAUCCCCACCCGCCAUCCUAUAGUGUUGUCUUCCCGUGUGGCUUCUGGGCAGCUGGGCCUGCCCGGGGAAGUCCUUGCAGGUGGGAGGCCAUGCAGAGACCCAGUGUGUGCCACUGAGCGUCCCACUGCUGCUGGGCAACUGGAGGACUGCAGGGGGCGCCAGGUGACUCUCUCCUUUUAUAUCACAGCAGCUCCUGUGCUGACCUUCAAGUUACGUUUUGGAACUGUAAUACUAAAGGAAGAAAUAAACUACUAAUUUGUAUAAUA